AUGCCGGUGAAAUGUUGUUUCUACAGGUCGCCAGCAACAGAAGCAGCGGCGUGGUCAGAGAACAUGGACACUGUCCUAACCAACCAAGCUGGUCUAGAUGCUUUCCGAACAUUUCUAAAAUCAGAAUUUAGUGAAGAAAAUGUUGAGUUCUGGCUUGCCUGUGAAGACUUCAAGAAAACAGAGAGUGCGGAAAAGAUCGCAUCCAAAGCCAAGAUGAUUUAUUCUGAAUUCAUUGAGGCCAAUGCCCCUAAAGAGAUUAACAUCGACUUCAGCACCAGGGACCACAUCUCAAAGAACAUCGCGAAGCCAACUCUCGCAUGUUUUGACGAAGCCCAGAAGUUAAUCUACAGUCUCAUGGCCAAGGAUUCUUUCCCUCGGUUUCUAAAGUCAGAGAUUUAUAAGAAACUGGUAAAUAACAAACAGGUUGGAAAUCAUAAAAAAUGGAUCCCUUUCUUGUAA